GGGGACCGACGUUGCCUUUCGGACGCUCCGCAGCCGUUUGAGUGAAAACACGAGAGGGAAAAAAAAAAUCAUUCCAUUGGAACAAGUCUUGCCUGCCCUGAAUGUCUUUCAUGACUUGAUAGUGAUGCUCACAGGUCCUUUUUCAGGGGAUUAGCGGGAAAUGAUUUGCAAACAGGAAACUUAGAGAAGCAUCAGGUCAAGAUCUUGAUUCGUCAGGACCUGAAUAUCAUUGGUCUUUGAAUGUGGAAGGAGAAAUGUUUGUCUGAACUAUCCCGAGGAAAAACUUUUCAAAUAUCGGUGUCUGGGAAAACAAUGAGACACACAGUCACACAAGUGAGUGUGUUCCAAUGAACUGACUGUGGAAAGAGCUUUAAUCAAUUGCACAGACUGAGAGAGUGUGUUCCAGUGCACCGACCGUGGAACAAAGCCGAGAGAAACCAUACAAGUCCUUUCUGCGUAGAUGAAGCUUCAACCAGUCAUCCAAUCUGGAGAGGUACAAGGACAUGCGCACCAUGGAGAAACCAUGGAAGUGUGUGGAAUGUGGGAAGCGAUUCAGAUUCCCAUCCAAGCUUGAGAUUCAUCGACAGAGUCACACUGGGGAGAGGCCAUUCCCUUGUUCUGUGUGUGGAAAGAGAUUCAAGAAUGAAUUUCACCUCACUGCACAUCAAGUGGUUCACGCUGAAACACAAAUCUGUAAAUGUUCGGAUUGUGACAAGAGCUUUGAAAACGCAGGAGGUUUACUAGCUCACCAGCGAUUUCACACUAUAAAGAGGCCCUUCUGCUGCACUUACUGUGGAAAGGGAUUCACUCAGUCAUCCAGGCUCACUGAGCAUCUACGAGUUCACACUGGCGAGAGACCGUUUAUCUGCUCUGAGUGCGGGAAGGGUUUCACUUGCUUAACUGGCCUCAAUUCGCAUCAAUUUGUUCACUCUGAUAACAGGCCAUUUCAGUGUUCUUGCUGUGACAAAAGCUUUAAGAGUACAGGUGACCUGCUACAACACCGACGUGUUCACUCCGGCGAGAAGCCAUUCAUCUGCUUCAAGUGUGGGAAAGGAUUCACCCAUUCAUCUGACCUACUGAGGCACCAGCCAAUUCACACUGGAGAGAGGCCGUUCACCUGCUCCAAGUGCGGGAAGGGAUUCAGCCAGUCGUCCACUCUGCUGAGACACCAAUUAGUUCACACAGAUGAGAGACCUUUUAAAUGCUCAGAUUGUGAGAAGUGCUAUAAAAGUUCCCGGGAACUGAUGUCCCAUCAACGUGUUCAUACUGACGAGAGACCGUUCAGGUGCUCCCAUUGUGGGACUGGGUUCAGGCAAUCCUCUCAACUCACUAAACACCAGCGAAUUCACACUGGGGAGAGACCAUUUAUCUGCUCCCAGUGUGGGAAGGGAUUCACUCAGUCAUCUAACCUCUGGAAACAUCAGCGAGUUCACAAACAUGAAGGAUAUGAUUUAGAAGUCUGGUCAAUACCGGUGUCUAAGAGUGUGGUCUAAGAGUGAGGAUUCCCGAUGAAGGGAUUAUAUUCGAAACGUCGAUUCUCCUACUCCUUAGACGCUGCCUGAUCGGCUGUGCUUUUCCAGCACCACACUCUUCAACUUUGACCUCCAGCAUCCGCAGUACUCACUUUCUCCCAAUAUUGGUGCCUGUAGAAUGCAGUAAGUAAUAUCUUGUGUGCGCAAUGUUCUAGAGCCUUGUAUUGAAGGACCUUUGCAAUUUAUAUAACGUGAGCUACAAAGUAUUGUUUGAAAUAUCAUUUGUAUUUGUUUAGACACAUUUUGAAAAAGAUCGAUCUAGAUCUGCCUCGCUGAUAGACAUAAUAUGGGACACUAACAGUUUUUGAAUGUUGAGAAAUGAGGUUUAUACCAUAUUAAAUAAAAAUAAAUGUAUGCUUACCUGAAAA